CACGUCGGACCCAUCAAAGAAAAUCAAAAGGGUGAAGCUUCUGCUGACGUUUGAUAUGGUGAUGCAAGCGAGUCUUACCUCCUUUUUAUGUCUGCGUUACGGUCCAAGUUUCCUUAAUUUCACGAAUCUGCUUCACAGAUUUAUUUGAACACUUCUACUUCUUUCUUCUACUAGCCAUGACUAAAACUUUUUUCUCGUUCAAUAUUGAACCAAAGAGAGAGAGAGAGAGAGAGAGAGAGAUCCACUUGAUCAUCAACUUGGUUGUAUUUGAUUUUGAUAAAGCAGCGUGAACCAAACGGCGGUCCUUGGACACUCAUUCCUUUAGAACCCAUUAAAUAGGGAGUUGCCAUUCAAUGUUUGUUUUCCUUUUAUUAGUCUCUUGAGUACCAGCACAACUCAUUCACCUGAAACCAUGGAUGCCCAACCAGAUAUCUCCCAAUCCCAUAGAGAAAAGGUGCAAUAUCUACAAGAAGAGAUAGAACGUCUUCAGAAGGAGAACAAAAAUCUCAGCCUCUUGCUUGAGCUGAUAGACCGUAAUUACAACAGCCUCAGAGCACAGCUGCAGCUGAACAAGCAGAUACAACAAAGGGGCUGUGUUGCGCCCACAGAGAGUUGCUCAAGCCAGGACGACUCAAACAAGAGAGCAAAGAUUGAAAUCCCCAGGCCUAAGGCGUCACAGGUCCUCUUUAGGACUGAUUCAAAAGACGCUAGCUUAGUCGUCAAAGAUGGCUAUCAAUGGAGGAAGUAUGGACAGAAGAUCACUAAAGAUAACCCAUCUCCUCGAGCUUAUUUCAGGUGUUCGAUGUUUCCGGGAUGCCCUGUCAAGAAGAAGGUCCAGAGAUGCUUGGAGGAUAGCUCAGUUCUUGUAGCGACUUAUGAAGGAGAGCACAACCACGAACCAGAAGCACACCACGUCUCGUCAUCUUUAACGAAUGGUUCAAUGAUAGUCUCGAUUACCAACUUUCUUCCUCAGACUUCUAUUGAUCCUGUAGCACCAAAGGUAACCCUUGAUCUGACUCUUUCUGGGGCCAACCAAGAGAUGAAAGAGACCCAUCAGAGAUUUGUAGAAGACAGCAACAAGAACAAGGUUGAAGAAUAUGUAGCUUCCUUAACCAAGGAUCCUAGCUUCACUGCGGCCUUAGCAGCUGCAGUUGCACGAUCAUUCACUCAGUUUCCAAGCUGAAGUAGUCGAUGUAAUAUAUGAUCUGAACAUAAGAAUCCAAAGAGAAUCGUGUAAGUUUUUUUCUUGUUUGAUCCCUAGACUCUGCAAGGGCUGCACUGCCCUCUGAUUGCUAAGAGAUUGAGGGUGUUUUCCUGUCUUUGAAACAACAGGUGGUACACAUUUUAAUUUUCAUCGGAAAAAUGGCUGUGU